CGUUUGCCAGAGCAAGCCACUCUACAUGUGCCUCCUGCUUACAAGUUUCUAAAGUUUCUUUAUACCCCAUGGGGGCAAUGCCCUUUUAUGGCGUGAUUUUGCACAUAUGUUCAAUUUGUGUGUAAAAUAAAGGAGAGGAGAAAAGGAAUUGGAUACCCUCGGCAUCUUUUCUUUGUUCACCUCACCUAGCCGUUUAUACGUGCUGGAUAGCUGAGUACACAUACGCUUAGUGAGGCCAGUACAGUAAAAGGGCAGACCCUCGCCUGUCAAGAAUUAGACAGAACUUCGCCUGCUACUAAGAACUUUUGGCUGUCAAGACAAUGCCAUUAAUCUGCGCUCACCACGGGAGUUGUCCAGACUUGCCUGCUCCAUAAGACAUGGAUCACCCGACCGAAAUGCCACUCCCCCCCCGGUGUGACUGAAGCAGAAGUCAGAGACUGGGAGGUGAGAUCAGAGCUAUCUGCCUCAUGAUCUGUUCGUGCUCCAUCCCAACAGGGGUCAACCAGCAGCUCUUGAAAGAGCACAAUGUUAGCAGCUGCUAAGGCAAAAGCCCAAGCAGCAAGAACCAAAGCUGCCUAUUCUGAAAGAGAAAUGGCACUGAAACUUCAGAAAGCCAAAGCAGAAGCUGAAUUAGAAGCAUUGCAGUGCAAGAAAGAAAUGGAGGCUGCAAUAGCCGAAGCAGCAGUUCUUCAGGCUGAAUUAGAUGACGACAGCAGUCUCGGGCAACCUGGAUCAGAGCUGGACCAAAGGUACUUCACUGCACACAAUGUGCCAACACAAAGACAGAUAAAGCAAGAAAGCCCCACCACUUCGCCCAACCUACACAGUCACCAGUUUCCACCAGCAUGUCCUCCAACGCAGCAUCUAAUGACAGCUCCUGCACAGACACCAAUGCAUUCCCCAGCAUGGACCCAGAGACCAACAUCAGCUCCAAGGCAGCUGCCAUCACUGCCACAGUUACCACUACAGCUACAACAGCCACCCAUGCCACCUGCGAGUGCGAACUACACGCCACCCCAAGCCAGCAACAAAGCAUGGCAGGGAGGAAAAGACUAUGGGCUUCCCGCUCCUGCUCCACGCCCUGCCUCGCUGUGUCACACAUCUGCCCCAGAUGACCACAGCUCCCCGACGGCUGACCUGGCAAAGUUCAUUGCUAGAAAUCAAAUCGUCUCCACUGGACUGAUGAAGUUUGAUGAUAGGCAGAGAAUUACUGGGUGUGGAAAGCCUCAUUCUGCAAUGCCAUAGACAAUAUAGGCCUGACAGUAGCAGAAGAGACUGACCUCCUCAUCAAAUGGCUUGGCAAAGAGUUGUCCGAGCAAGCACGUAGGCUCAGAGCAGCAUACAUCAGAACCCCCCAGGGUGGCCUUGAUGCCAUCUGGCAGUGCAUGGAAGAGUGCUACGGCACCCCUGAAGCCAUUGAAGGGGCGCUGUUCACCAGACUAGAAAGCUUCCCGAAAAUAUCAAACAAAGAGCCAGCCAAGCUACGUGACUUAGCCGACUUAUUACAAGAACUGUAUGCCACAAAGCAGGAUGGAUUUCUUCCAGGACUAGCUUACUUAGACACUGCUAGGGGAGUAGCCCCAAUCGUAGAAAAGCUCCCGUACAGCCUACAGGAGAAGUGGAUGUUCUACGGUUCUCAGGUAAAGCGUGAGUACCAGAUCUCCUUCCCUCCAUUCAGUGUGUUUGUCAAUUUCAUUCAGAGCCAAGCCAAGGCAAGAAAUGAUCCCAGUUUCAGAGUCACAAUGCCUCCUCAACCUGCCACAAACAGAGACAAGCCCAAAAGCUUCCAGAGCAAAGUGAAUCAGCCCGUUGCAGUCCACAAAACUCAAGUUGCCGAGUCCAGCCAGAAAGGUGAGCCUGUAACUGACACUUCAGAUCUCACCAAGCAUUGCCCAAUCCACAAAAAGCCCCAUUCAUUAGGAGCAUGUAGGAGCUUUAGAGACAAACUGCUAGCUGACCGUAAACAAUAUCUCAAAGACAAUUCCAUCUGCUAUCGGUGUUGUGCUUCAACCACACACAUUGCAAAGAACUGUGACAAAACCAUAACAUGUGCUGAAUGUCAGAGCAACAAGCAUGUCGAAGCCCUCCACCCAGGUCCUUCACCAUGGAAAGCAAAGCCACCCCCACCUGCGUCAGAGGAUGGCAGGGAGGACCGUGAGAACCAGCAGCCUCCAGAGGUUGUCUCCUCUAAGUGCACUGAAGUAUGUGGUGAGGGGAUGAGCACUAGAGGUUGCUCCAAAAUAUGUUUAGUUACUGUCUACCCACAAGGCCAGAGAGAAGCAGCAACUAGAGUAUAUGCUAUCAUCGAUGAGCAAAGUAACAAGUCCCUUGCACGAUCAGAAUUCUUUGAGAUAUUCGGCGACAAAAGCACCCCAUCUUCGUACACUCUCAAGACAUGUGUGGGCAGUAUGGAAACAUUCGGUAGGAGAGCGUGUGGCUACAUGCUGGAGUCACUGGACGAGAAGACCUGCAUCCCUCUACCAGUCCUCAUUGAAUGCGAUGAACUCCCAGACAAUAGGUCUGAAAUCCCAACACCCAGUGCAGCUUUGCAUCACCCUCACCUGAGAUGCAUAGCCAGUGAGAUUCCCCCCAUAGACUCUAAUGCUCAAAUACUGUUGUUGCUAGGAAGAGACAUUUUGAAAAUACACAAGGUCAGGAAACAAAUCAACGGCCCAGACAAUGCCCCAUUCACUCAAAAGUUAGACCUCGGCUGGGUGGUGGUCGGUGAUGUCUGCCUUGGCACAGCGCACCACCCCUCCUCAGUCACUUCCCUCAAGACAUGCGUCCUAGGAAAUGGCCGACCCAGCUACCUCGCACCCUGCCACAGCCAGCUAUGCGUGAAAGACUCUCCACACAGCCACUCAGUCAUUCAAGUUCCUCCGCCUCAGCAAGCCGCUGCUCACACUGCUCCUCUGCUCCACGGGGACGACCUGGAGUCCUCCAUUUUCCACUGCACCAACAAAGACCACCAACCUGCUCCAUCUAUCGAUGACCUCAACUUCCUGAAGAUCAUGGAUAGUGAGGUAUGUCAAGAUAGCACCCAAAGCUGGGUCACACCCUUACCUUUCAGGGCUCCGAGAAAACAUCUGCCCAACAACAGAGACUAUGCUAUAAAAAGACUUAAGUCAGUUUGCCACACACUAGAGAAAAAUCCUGUCAUGAGGGAACAUUUCAUGCAGUUCAUGCAAAAAAUGAUUGACAGUCAGCAUGCAGAGAUUGCCUCAGUCCUCCAAGAAGGACAAGAAAGCUGGUAUUUGCCGUCUUUUGGCAUCUACCAUCCCAAGAAACCUGGACAGAUUCAAAUAGUGUUUGAUUCAAGUGCCCAGUAUGAAGGGAUCUCACUUAACAAUGUCCUGCUCAAAGGCCCAGAUCUGAACAAUGACCUGUUAGGUGUCCUCAUCAGGUUCAGAUGAGAGAAAAUUGCUGUG